UCUUCCUGCCCAGGUGUCGCUUCCGGGCCGAGGUGUAAGGUAACGCCAAAGCGGUUACCCUCACCAGGUCAGGAGCGGCUGCGGGCGGUGACCAGGAGCUGCGAGCCCGAGCUCUCGGCAACAUGUGCGGCUUUGAUAAGGUGAAGGGACCCCGGAAUUUAAUGAGAAAGGGAAUCACGUUGAUUUUUGUUGGGCACAUCAACUUCAUUGUCGGCGCAAUUGUUCAUGGCACGGUCCUGAGGCACAUUUCGAAACCUAAGGAAAAAGUGACUGCUGAGUAUUCAGUGGCCAACGUUAUUUGUGUCAUCUCAGGUUUGUUGAGUAUCAUAACUGGUAUCAUUGCCAUUCUGGUCUCACGGAACUUAACCAAGAUAAAACUGCACUGGGGAUUGAUGUCAAUCUCUCUACUAAAUACUUUGACAUCAUUGGCCUGUUCAGUUGGACUGAUGCUUGCCAUUGUGCUGACAGUAUCACUUGGUGGAAGGAACCUGAUUUCUGGCUGCAACUCUACAAUGGUGCCAGCUAUCUCCAACAGGGCAGCAAUAAUGAAUGAGUGCCCAUUUGAUACCACGCGUAUUUAUGAUACUACACUGGCUUUAUGGAUUCCAUCAAUGUUGAUGUCUACAGUUGAAGCAAUACUGUCUAUCCGCUGUCUUGUAGUAUCGAUGAUUCUUCGAGGGAUAGGGCCUUGUGGACAGAAUGAUAUGCUAGAUUGGAUCGAGGAGGAAAACCCAGCAAAAGGAAAGAAAGGCCAGGAAUUGGAAACUCAUAAACUCAUCAAGAAGAGCAAAGACAUCGAGGUGUAGUGAAGGAGGUCAACAUUUCCUUUACCACUUUGAUGCAAUGCUACUUAUAUUAGAAUUCACAUAACGCAACUGAGAGUGAUGGAUGGUUUUCGGAGAAUGGACAUACAAUUUUUGACAAUGAGGAUGCUGCACUGAUCAUUUUUAACUUUAACUUAGAACCUGAAGUUGCAUGUAUGUAAGAGUUACUGCUGUCCUCUUCUGCUGAUUGAGAUCCUCCCAAGAAAAACCACACCCAAUUGCUUUGUAUUAAAGGCAGAAAGCCAGAGAACCAAAUGCACCGCUGUGCAGUUUCCAGUUAGUGCCAAGUUUGUAUUAAGUCAAGAGUGUCUUAGCUGCUAAAUGGUUUAUAGUUAUUACCUAGAAAGGAAUCAGCCAGAUCUCCUGCUUCUAGUUGGUGUCUACACUGAAAAUGGGCACUAGCUGAAGAAAGGAGCAGGUUUGACUGUGAUUCUGUUCAUGAAAGAACAGUCAGCGCCAUUCAUUGCCUGUAGGAGUUACUAUUCAUUCCUUUCUGUUUAGGUCCCUGUAUAUGACGCACAGUAAAUCAACAGAACUUGUAAGUGGGGUUAUGCUUGUCUUUCCAGUUUCUUCUGAGAAUGCAGGAACUGCCUCAUGUUUUGCACAGAGUGCCUUUUCGCUGGUGAACUGGCUAAGAUUGGAAAUUUACCACUUUUCAACGAUGGAGACUUUGUGACUGCUGAAUUCUGUAAUUCCAUCUGUAUUGCCAGGCAAUAACUAGAUGCGGUCAGCAAUCCUUGGAAUUGGUACCUCAAGGCAAAGCCUCCAAAUGGAAUUAAAUCACAAAUUUAUUGCUUGUACAAA